CUCUGCGGCAAGGCCGGAAGCGACGCAUCUUGCUGGGCGCAUGCGCACGGGCCUCUAGCGCCAGCUCGGGCAGGCAAGGAGGGAGGGAGCGGCGCUCGCGCGCCUUGGGCCCGAGAGGAGACAGCGCGGGGCCGCGCCGCCGGCAGGAGGAAUCAUGACGACCUCAGGAAAAGAGAACUUCCGCCUGAAGAGCUACAAGAACAAAUCUCUAAACCCUGAUGAAAUGCGUCGCAGGCGGGAGGAAGAGGGUCUUCAGCUGCGGAAGCAAAAGAGAGAGGAACAGUUGUUUAAACGCCGAAAUGUUGCAACAGCUGAGGAAGAAGCAGAGGAGGAAGUAAUGUCAGAUGGUGGCUUCCAUGAGGCUCAGAUGAACAAUAUGGAGAUGACUUCUAGUGCUGUCAUCACCUCUGAUAUGAUUGAGAUGAUUUUCUCCAAUAGUCCAGAACAGCAGCUUUCAGCCACCCAGAAAUUUCGAAAGCUUCUCUCCAAAGAACCAAAUCCCCCAAUAGACGAAGUCAUAAGCACACCAGGGGUUGUGGCCAGGUUUGUGGAGUUCCUCAAACGAAAAGAAAACUGUACAUUACAGUUUGAAGCUGCUUGGGUGCUGACAAACAUUGCCUCGGGAAAUUCCCUUCAGACUCGAAUAGUGAUCCAAGCAGGAGCUGUCCCCAUCUUCAUAGAGCUGCUCAGUUCAGAGUUUGAAGAUGUACAGGAACAGGCAGUAUGGGCUCUUGGCAACAUUGCUGGAGACAGCACUAUGUGCAGAGACUAUGUAUUGGACUGUAAUAUCCUGCCCCCUUUAUUGCAGUUGCUUUCAAAACAGAAUCGUCUCACCAUGACCCGAAAUGCUGUAUGGGCUCUAUCCAACCUCUGCAGAGGGAAGAAUCCUCCUCCAGAUUUUGCCAAGGUUUCACCUUGUCUUAGCGUGCUUUCCUGGCUGCUGUUUGUCAAUGAUACAGAUGUGUUAGCUGAUGCCUGCUGGGCUUUGUCCUAUUUGUCUGAUGGCCCCAAUGAUAAAAUCCAGGCUGUGAUUGAUGCAGGAGUGUGCAGAAGACUUGUGGAAUUGCUGAUGCACAGCGACUACAAAGUUGUAUCUCCUGCCUUACGAGCUGUUGGGAACAUUGUAACAGGAGAUGAUAUCCAGACCCAGGUAAUUCUGAAUUGUUCAGCCCUGCAGAGUUUACUGCAUUUGCUAAGCAGCCCAAAAGAAUCUAUCAAAAAGGAAGCAUGCUGGACAAUAUCUAAUAUAACAGCUGGCAACAGAGCCCAGAUCCAGACAGUCAUAGAUGCCCAUAUCUUCCCAGCUCUUAUAAAUAUUUUGCAAACAGCUGAGUUUCGGACAAGGAAAGAAGCUGCGUGGGCAAUCACAAAUGCAACGUCUGGAGGCUCUGCUGAACAGAUCAAGUAUUUAGUAGAACUGGGAUGCAUCAAACCACUCUGUGACCUCCUUACAGUAAUGGACUCAAAGAUUGUGCAAGUAGCACUGAAUGGGCUGGAGAAUAUCCUGAGGCUCGGAGAGCAGGAAUCCAAACGCAGUGGCACUGGCAUUAAUCCUUACUGUGCUCUUAUUGAAGAAGCAUAUGGCCUGGACAAGAUUGAAUUCCUACAGAGCCAUGAGAAUCAAGAGAUUUAUCAGAAGGCCUUUGAUCUGAUUGAGCACUACUUUGGGACAGAGGAUGAAGACAGCAGCAUUGCCCCACAGGUGGAUCUCAACCAGCAGCAGUACAUCUUCCAGCAGUGUGAGGCUCCCAUGGAAGGCUUCCAGCUCUGAGGUGUCCUUAUGCUGAGUGCUCCUGUACCUGGCCAAUCCUGUUGUCGAGCCACAAGCCACCCGUGGAGUGAUUCUCUCAAUGUUUUCCAUAACCCUGUUUGCGCUCAUUCGCUUGCCUUGUGCACAUGCUCUUACAUACAUCUGGAAAACCUUUGGCUCUCCAUGGCAGGAUGUCCCCUCCUUGGCAAGGGGUCACCAGAAUCACCCUUCUUUAGAUUCUGAAACCUCUCCACUGUCAUCUUUGUGGAGCUGAGGCACCUUUCUAUACUUUGAGAUAUUCCCUACUCCUAUUACAGGAAAAUAAUCCCUCUUCCGCUAGCCCCCACACUCCUGGUAUCCAAGAUGAGGCUGCCUUUCUCGUGCAUUUGUUGCAGUGUGUGCCUGCAGUCUAGGAAGACAUUCAGACUUUCUGAGAACCUAGCUUAAUUCAUUUCCCAUACUUUUCCCUGGAUGCCUCUCUGGAUGGUGGCGUGAGAUGUGUUAAAUCUUGAAAUGCAAUGUAUCUACUUUGCUGUAUGUGCCAGCCUGGGUUAUCGGCAUAUAGAACAUGUUACAAAUAAUGGAGUAAGUUCUCUAUCCCCUGCAACAACAGGCUACAAUGGACAUGUUUUCUGGUUCUUAAGAGUACCAAACACAUCUGGCCCUAUGCCUUCUCAAAACUGAGCUCCCAAGCUGGAUUGCAGACCACUGUGGAAAUCUGUAUGCCCUCCCAGUCUUUCCUUUCCACCAACGAAAAAGAACCUGUGAAUAUGUCACUCUUACCGUGUCCCCAGAUGACUUUCCAAACCAGCUUCUAGAAUGGAGAAACUACCCCCGUUUCUGCUUCCCAACUCAGUAUGACCCAACCAGGCCUACAGCCCUUUCAGACUUCGUGCACCUGAGUCUGUCUUUGGUAAUGUAGUUAUGACUGAAAAUUUCCUGUCUGCCUAUUUACAUUUUUACGCAGCUGGACUUGAACAGAUUUCUCUUCUGCAAAAAUACCUUCUGAAUACAAAAUCCUAAUUUGCAAAGCUUAGCACAAGGAGUGUUAGCCUUUCUUUUCAUUUUUAAGAUACAGAGUUUCCUUUCCAGCUCACCUAAAGAAAUAGAAUCCUCCUGGUCAAACCCCUUAUUUAAACAACUACAAUGACACUACAUUCGAAAGAUAGUAAUAUUCCACCCAGAUCUGCUUGGCCCUUUCAUUUCAUUUUCCUUUUGCUGUUUACGGGACUUCAGGUGAAUUAGCAUGGAACACGUGGUUCCUACAGGUGACACCUAUAUGGCAUCGCCGACUGCAUGACAGCUGUCAUCUGCAGCUGUAGACUGCCCUUCUGCUAGCAGUAUGUUCUUGGCUCUGCAGCCUGCUUGGAUCACAGACGUCUGAUGCAAAGGCCAGCCAAUCCUCACUGAGUUCAGCUGACAUUGACAACAUACUCCUCACACAACAAGGCAGAUGCCACAUGAUUGGAAGUGACGGUUUCAUUUCUGUAAAUGUGUUUGAUUCUCCAGGCCAUCUGCUCCUUCCUGCAUUGGGCUAUGUUCUUUCAAGCCAUUUUGAACGUUUGGACGACACAUUUGUCCAGUACAAACAUUUCAAAAUUGCCACUGACUACUGCAGUGUCAUGUACCUGUGGUAAAUGUUGUUGGCAGAACUGUCUGCAAGCUCCUCCUUAUGACUCCUUUCAGUGACAAGCCACUGCAAAAGCAAAAACAACCCAUUGGAUGCAGAAUAAUAAUAAAAAAUAGGUAAAUCACCUGUCAGACUGCUGAAAGAAGCUAGGCAAAGGCCUGAACAUCAGCUCUGUGUGAUCAUUAUUUAAAUAUAGUCUUCAGUUCUGUCUGUGCUUCAGGAUGGAGACUCUGACCUGUGUGGCCACUGCAGAAGCCACCUGCUGCCUCCCUAGCUAAUCCAGUUGGCCUCCACCUUCCCUUCUCCAGUUAUUUUCUCUAGUGCUGCUUUGUGCUGAAGGAACAUUUAGUUUACUGCACUUGAUCUGUAAAUGGACUUUGAUUCUUUGUAAUUUUAGGGGGUUAAAUUUGGUGGUUAAUUUAAAAACAAAAACCCCUCAAUGUUGCCUUUACAUCACAUAUAAAUAACUGUGUUUCUCUUUCUUGAAGGGUGAUAGAAGCACUGAUGAGUAGCAAAAUCUUGUUUUAGCUUUUGGAUUUUUUUGUGCUGGAUUUUUUUACGUGUAAAUUUCCAAUAACAUGUCAUUUCUAUAAGAUUUGUUUAAAAUCAUGUACCUCUUAUUGGAUGGUAUAAAAAUGCUACAUAUUUUGUAAACAAAUCUGAGCAAAGUGUGUGUGUAUAUAUUCUGUAUAUUCAUAUAUGUAUAUUCUGUGUAUAUAUACACUUGUGUGUAUAUAUACAUAUAUACACACACACGUAUAUAUAUAUACACAUGCACAUGUGUGUAUUUAUAUACAUAUCUAUAUAUCUAUAUAUCUAUAUAUAUAUAUAUAAGUGUUUUCUCUUCCAGGCUAGUGAAAACAAUGUGGUGCAUUGGCGUUCCCCCUGUGCCCUCCCCCCAAGAAGAUAAUGACAAUUGCCUCUAAAUGAGUGAAUUAAAAAAGAGUCCAUUUAAGCUGAAUGGUGUGCCUUCCUGUGUAAGGAUCCUGGCCCGUGUUUGUUACUUUUGCAGUGGAUAUGUGAAUUCAGAGCAGAUAAGUAUAAAUCUUUGAACUUGGUAUGUUUGUUUGAAGUGACAGGCUUGGUUGACACAGGUAAUAGUGUUGUUGUCAUAUAUACUUAGACUGUGUAAGGCAUUUGACUGGUACUGCAUAACAUUUUGACUGAAAACUAAAACAAUACAAAAAUUAACAUGGCACACAUUAAAUGGAUUAAAAAUGUG